AUGUCUGCUAAGCCAGCAGACGCCUCCCGGCCUCGCGCCGCUGACCCCAAGAAGGUCCACAUUGCCGACACUGUCAUGACACGCGGCAACUGGUACAAGCAUGUCAACUGGCUGAACGUCUUCCUCAUCAUCGGUAUCCCCGUGUACGGCUGUGUCCAGGCCCUUUGGGUGCCCUUGCAGGUCAAGACUGCUAUCUGGGCCGUCAUCUAUUACUUCUUCACUGGUCUCGGUAUCACCGCAGGAUACCAUCGUCUCUGGGCUCACUGCUCCUACUCUGCUCGUCUUCCUCUCCGUAUCUGGCUCGCCGCCGUUGGUGGUGGUGCCGUCGAAGGUUCCAUCCGCUGGUGGGCGCGUGAUCACCGGGCUCACCACCGUUAUACCGAUACCGACAAGGACCCCUACUCCGUCCGCAAGGGUCUGCUCUACUCUCACCUGGGAUGGAUGGUCAUGAAGCAGAACCCCAAGCGUAUCGGCCGCACCGAUAUCUCCGAUCUCAACGAAGACCCUGUUGUCGUCUGGCAGCACCGCAACUACCUCAAGGUCGUUUUCACCAUGGGUCUGAUUGUUCCCAUGCUCGUGUCCGGUCUUGGCUGGGGUGACUGGUGGGGUGGUUUCGUCUACGCUGGUAUCCUGCGUAUCUUCUUCGUCCAGCAGGCCACUUUCUGCGUCAACUCUCUGGCCCACUGGCUCGGUGACCAGCCUUUCGACGACCGCAACUCUCCCCGUGACCACGUCAUCACUGCUCUUGUCACUCUCGGCGAGGGAUACCACAACUUCCACCACGAGUUCCCCUCCGACUACCGUAACGCUAUCGAGUGGCACCAGUACGACCCGACCAAGUGGAGCAUCUGGGCCUGGAAGCAGCUUGGUCUGGCUUACGACCUGAAGAAGUUUCGUGCCAACGAGAUCGAGAAGGGUCGUGUCCAGCAGCUCCAGAAGAAGCUUGACCAGAAGCGUUCCCGUCUCGACUGGGGUACCCCUCUCGACCAGCUGCCCGUUAUGGAAUGGGACGACUAUGUCGAGCAGGCUAAGAACGGCCGUGGUCUCGUUGCUAUUGCCGGUGUUGUUCACGAUGUGACCGACUUCAUCAAGGACCACCCUGGUGGCAAGGCCAUGAUCAACUCUGGUAUUGGCAAGGACGCUACUGCCAUGUUCAACGGUGGUGUGUACUACCACUCCAACGCUGCCCACAACCUUCUCUCGACCAUGCGUGUGGGUGUGAUCCGCGGUGGCUGUGAGGUUGAGAUCUGGAAGCGGGCCCAGAAGGAGGGCGCCGGUUAUGUUCGUGACGAUGCCGGCCAGCGGGUGAUCCGGGCUGGUGAGCAGGUCACCAAGAUCCCCGAGCCCAUCCCCACCGCCGACGCUGCGUGA